CUUCUACUGCCUCCCUCUCCAAGUACCCUGAGGCCGGGUCUGCUCACUCCCUCUUAAAAGUCGGCAAAGCCCUCGGGGGUUUUCGGAAGUCUAGGGUCCUGAGACCCAGCGGGUGCCGCCCUAACCGUGGCGGGAGAUCGGUAAAAUUCAUCUUGAGAUGGCCUUAUCGCCUUCUCGCGAGACCCAGUCCCAGGACAGGGUGAACUACCUGCCCCAGAGUAGCCCCCAGCACCUGACUACCUACUAUGCGCCUGUCCCAGGCUACAGCCACUUCGGGAACCUCGCCACCACCGAGGAGGAUUUUCAGCCUUGGAAACUGACGGCUGCAGUGUUUGAGUCCCAGGCAAUGGCCCAGCUUAAUGCUUUUCGGAUGACUCCUCCCUUGUUGAACCCGAGUCUGGCUGUGCAGAGCGAGCCGCUCUACAAUCUGCCCUGGUACAAGUUGUCACCAUGGUAUUCAAUUCCUCAAUUCACUCCUGAGGUACCACAAUUUCUAGACAGCACUAAGCAUGAGAACGGCGGUUCCAGCAGCGAAAAUUCGGUCCCAGUCGGCGGCCAAAUCAACAGAGGCCAGUUGUGGGGAGCUGAAAAUUUACUUCUGCCGUCCCCGGUACUUGCUCUACUACCUGAUGGAAUUAAGACUUCCCACUCAAUAUCUGUCCCCCAAACCUUGAACCAAGACGGGAAGCUGUCUUUUCGCGGCUUCAGCUUCACAGAGGAGGAACUGCGCUUCGUUCUGUAUGGAGCCAUCGCUAGUCCGGAGCACCCAUCUGGCCUACAGCACGCAAUUUCAGGCAUCCUGGUCCCCACAGAGAGUUCUGGGUCAAGUCAUCUUCGAAAAACUCUGGACAAAGACUCCCUUCAGCUUCCGGAAGGUCUCUGCCUCAUGCAGACAGCUUUUGGUGAUGCCCCACACUUUGGUGUGUUCUGUAGUAACUUCAUUGCCAAAGGAGUGAGAUUUGGACCCUUUCAAGGUAAAGUGGUCAAUGCCAGCGAAGUGAAGACACACAGGGACAAUUCUCGGAUGUGGGAAAUUUUUGAAGAUGGUCACCUGAGCCAUUUUAUCGAUGGCAAAGGUUCCGGGAAUUGGAUGUCCUAUGUCAACUGUGCUCGAUUCCCCGAGGAGCAGAACCUGGCCGCAGUGCAGCACCAGGACCAGAUAUUUUACGAGAGCUGUAAAGACAUCCACCAGAACCAGGAGCUGCUUGUGUGGUAUGGAAAUUGCUACGAGAAGUUUCUGGACAUUCCCAUGAGCCUCCAGGUCACUGAGCAAGAAGGCAAACAGCUAUCUGAGCCCUGUGAGGAGUCUGCGGAAGGCUACAGAUGCGAACGCUGUGGGAAGGUGUUCACCUACAGAUACUACAGAGAUAAGCACCUCAAGUACACUCCCUGUGUGGACAAGGGGGAUAGGAAGUUUCCAUGCUCUCUCUGCCAAAGAUCCUUUGAAAAGCGUGACCGACUCCGGAUCCACAUCCUUCACGUACACGAGAGGCACCGGCCCUACCUGUGUUCAACGUGUGGGAAAAGCUUCUCACAGUCUUCCAGCCUGAACAAGCACAUGAGAGUCCACUCUGGAGACAGGCCGUACCAGUGUGUGUACUGCACGAAGAAGUUCACCGCCUCCAGCAUACUCCGGACACACAUUAGACAGCACUCUGGGGAGAAGCCCUUCAAGUGCAAACACUGUGGUAAAGCUUUCGCAUCCCACGCUGCCCAUGACAGCCACGUCCGGCGCUCACACAAGGAGGAUGGCCGGAGCUCCUGCAAUAUUUGUGGGAAAGGCUUCCUGGAUCAAGAGGCUUUCUAUGCCCAUGUGAAGCUUCACAAAACCUGCUAGCUCUUUGAGAGCAAAGCCAGUUCAAAACCAGGAACUCUGACUCUAAUUCCUGGUCUGUCUCUGUCAUGUGGACACAGUUGAAGCGUUCAGUAAGAAUGUGGAGAAUGGAGUCAUUGAUCAGAAACACCAAAACUCACAGCAUCCACUCAGACCAGGGCUGGGAAUAAAGUUCUGGAUCCUGUGAUAAUGAAGAAAGGUUCCUCCUCUCCUGUCUGCCUUGAACACCCAGUCAUACAAUGUCUGUAUCCAGUGACUGUUCUUUUCAGAGCAGCGACUUCAUUUACAGAUCUAAUUUUAUUUUAUGUGCAUGAGUGUUUUGCCCCGUGUCUAUGUGCUGCAUGCCUGGUGCAUAUGGGAGGCCAAAGGCAGACAUCAGGUCCUCUGGAACUGUAUUUGUGGAUGGCUGUGAGCUGCCAUGUGGGUACUGGGAAUUAGACCCAGGUCCUCUGCAAGUGCAACCAAGACUAACAGCUGAACCAUCUCGCAGCUCCUACUUUUUUUUUUUUUUUUUUUUUUUUUGGUUUUGGUUUUGGUGGUAUUGUUUUGGCCUUUCCCUCCCCGUCCCCUUAAGCUGGUUUUAAAUUUGUCAAAUAGCUGGUGCUGACCUUACCUUGAAUUAUAGGAUUAAGUUGCCACACCCAAGUAAUUCCCCCUACCUAGAGAUUUGGAAUGUUGUAGCUAAGUCUUCUGUGUAGUAAUGCCCUUCUUGAUUUGGGCUCAUCUCUCUCCUCACUGAGCAAUGAAAAUGCCUGCUAAUACAUGUAGUACCAGACAAAAUCAUUUCCAGGGCACAAACUUUCACCAAUUGGGAAAGAAAAAUUAUAUCCAAACGAAGAAAGGCUGAAAAUAAACAUUCACGAUACUCUGGUUUAAAA